AUUAAAAGCAAUCGCAGCGCCUUUAGUGUUAUUAAGUUUAAAGGUCAUUCAAGCAAGGCUGAAAGUUGGAUUAGGAAGACUUGAAUCUGUAAAAGAAAUAUGGGUCUAAGGUUUGGAGAGCUUGCCAAGAUUCGAGGCAUCAUUUAUUACAGGUUGUCACCAUUUGAACAAAGAGCCUUUGCAGGAUUGUUAACCCACGGUUUACCCAAUUUAUUCAGAAGGAUCCGCAGUCAAGUUUUUGUUAUCGUGCCCCCUUUUGCCCUGGGCUACAUGAUUUAUGACUGGGGUGAGAAGGAGCACGAGAGACUAAUGAGGAAAAAACCUGCAGAUACCUCUAGUAGCCAUUAGAAUUUUAAUUAGUACAAUAACAUGAAAUUACAAUUGAUCUUAUUUGUAAGACUUUUCUGAGAGAUAGUAAUGUAGAAACCAUACAAGUGCAGAAUAAAGAAUUCAGAAUGUUUUGUUGAUGCUAA